AAUACACAUUACUGUUUCUCUUUCCCCCUAUUCACAUUAGAUAUAUCCAACGCAACUCUUUAACAAAGGCGGCAGUAUUCAGGGAGGAUCCUGAAAAGACCAUCCGUAUAUUCACUCACCCGGGUCCGUCAAUAAGAAUACUGUAGCUAAAAGUGAUCGUUUCUCACACCUCUAUGCCGCCGGUCCCGUUCUUUUCGCGACAUUGAUUCAUCGGCAUACCCACGAACCCAUCGCUUGAAUCUACGAGACGACCAUGCCCGCGCUUCUCGACUUCAGGCCCUACUCUAAAAUGUAGACGGUAUCCCGUAAGAUAGAUCUGAUUUUCGAAUCCCACAAGAAAUAAAAUAUAUAACCCACCUUUCCUCACUCCCAAAAUUCUGCUCUUCUCUCGCCAUCAUGGGAGACUACGAAGCACUUUCAACCUUUUCCGAUCCCAUCUGGGCACCCCCUCGUUUACCUCCCCUACCCUUCACCAACCGUAGACGCGUUCGUAAACGUUCGUUCAUCAUUCUUGCGAUUUUGCUCGUCGUGGGCUUCUUCACUCUGAACCAUUACGCCAAUGUUGCUGAUGUGCCUGUGCCUUUUCUGCUGUCCGAUUCAGGCAAAGCCUCCCGGCCGCAGGCUCAGUCUCUGGAGUUCCACUAUGCCGUACCCAUUAACGCAACCGCAGCCGCGCAAGACCCGCGGAUGGGAGACCAUCUCGAUCCUACUUACUGCACGACGUGGCCUGUAGAUCACGAGGGCAAGUAUAUCCCGCAGCCGAAGCUGAAGUCGAGACGACAUCAGAGUCUGUAUCUCGACACCUUUGCGCCGGCUGACGGUUGGAAGAAGCCUCGUGGUCUGAAGGUCGUGGCAGUCGUGUUCUAUGGUCGCAAACGCAACGUCGAUAUCCUCGACUGCUACCUUCAGCAGAACCUUGUCUCUAACGGCGGAUACCUCGACGAUGUGUGGUUCAUGGUACACACUCAACAGGCGGAAGACAUCGCCUGGCUUAACGAAUUCGUCAAGAAAGAUCCUUUGUACAAGUUCAAGAGCCUCGGAUCUUGUGGCGAGGAGGAGACGUAUGGAUGUAUCUGGGAGAACAUGGUGGAGAGUGAUACCUUGUACAUCAAGAUCGACGACGACAUCUUGUACAUCCACCACGACGCGAUCCCCCAACUCGUACACACGCGUCUAGCCCAACCACACCCCUACGCCAUCUCAGCGCAACUAGUGAACAGCCCCGUAACCGGGCUCCAGCAAUACCACUACGGCGCAAUCCACCCCUUCCUCCCCGACCCGUCCCCGCAACCAACCCACAACGCAAGCACAACCUGGCAGCCCUCCAAACUCCCGCUCUACCCAGCCUCCGCCGCGCUCCCCGUCGCACCGCUGGACAUACAACCGCCGUACCGGGGCCACCCCUGGCUGCUGCUCACCAACAACACGCACAACACAACGACCCUACCCCAAACCCCCAUCGGCCAAUGGAGCGCGCACCCCGGCCCCGACCCCAUCGCCUUCGGGCCCGGCUGGCGCUCCUGGGCCGCUGCCGCGCAGCAGCUGUACUCGCUGCUGUAUAAUCUGGAGUUAAACCAAAUGCACGUGUACCACUUCGGACGCGCGCUGAACUAUGCCCCGCGCGACGAGAAUGAUGAUGGUGCGCAUAGUUAUUACUCGUCUGAUGGGCAUUAUCACCGGCAUCGACACUAUUACUACGCUCCUGCGCUGGACUCUUCUGGGAACGGUGGUGGUGGUAGUGGUAAAUUUGGUGGUGGGAAGAAUGGUGAAGGAAGUGGGAAUGGGGGGGUCGAAUACACGGGCCCCGGCGGCGAACAGCUCUACGAUACGCAGUACGAGCGGUAUAACCUAAACUUCGUCGCGAUCUGGGGACGGGAUGUGGCGCUGGGAUUACCCAUCCUAGGAGACGACGAGGCCGCGAUGACGGUUUCGAUUCCGCUAAGACUUGGUCGGCCUUUUGUUAUUGACACGCGCGCUGUUGUCGGACACCUCUCAUUCUACACCCAGAAAGCCGGUAUCGCUUCGACAGAUCUGAUGGAUCGCUGGCGCGCGUUUGCGAAUGAGAAUGUGUGUUUGGCGGGGAACCAGAAGGUGCCGUGGGAUGCGCAGUGUGAGGGUUUUUAAAGGCUACUGAUGUUAAGGAUUAGUAGCUCAUGGCUAAUAAUGCCAAUGAUGAUUUUGUCAGUCUGGUCCGGCGUGACCUUUAGGGAUAGUAGUCUGGAGCCGAGCCGAGCUAGGAAAGGGAAGUUUGUUUGCUUGACAAACGCCAUCGCAUGUUUUGCGAGAUCAAAGCAAUGGUUCUCUACAUGUACGCUCAGACACAUGUCUAAGCUUAGGUAGUCAUGUUGAAUAACGCUCUGGAUUACUAUAUUUCGGUUCCGUGAAGUUGCCCGUAG